CGUGGCCAAUAAGUGGUACAAUCAUUACAUGGUGUCAGUCAUCUUUCUUGAAGAGAAAAUAUGGAUAAGUUGCCAACUCUGGACAAAUACAAUCUGCACAACUAUGUGAUUAAGAAAGUCUCUUCUGCAGAUGAGAUGCGCUCUACCAUCAUUGAGUUUGAAGUCAUGGAAGGAUGGAUGCCGGCUCUAGAUGAUCACCAACUGUACUACAACACUGACCCAGAUGGAUUCUUUAUUGGACAGCUAGAUGGCAAAACAAUUAGCUGCAUUUCGAUGGUAAAGUACGGAGAUGCCUUCGCUUUCCUAGGCAUCUACAUCGUUCUCAAAGAGCAUCGAGGGAAUGGAUACGGCCUUGCUCUGUUCAAACAUGCGAUGGAGUCUGUCUCUCCUACCUGCAAUGUGGCUCUCGAUGGCGUGGUUGAAAAGACUCCUCUCUACCGGAAAUGGGGAUUUAUGGAGACCUUUAUGAAUCGUCGUAUACAGAUCGACAUUACUACUGCUGCUACCAAGUUAGAGAGCUUUGUUCCUCCAUCUGAUGUUUUUAUUCAACCAGCAAACCAAGUCGACUUCAACAAGCUCACUGUUUAUGAUACAGACGUGUUUGGUGCCCCUCAUCAUCUCUUCCUGAAAGGACUGGUCGAUGGCCCUAACACCAUCACCCUUGUAGCGUCCAAUCAGAAUGGAGGGAUAAUCGGCUUUGUUGCAGCACGGAAGACCAUCAUAGUCGAAGAAGGCUGGAGGCUUGCACCAUUGUUUGCUGAUAAUAGCCAAAUAGCAAGAACACUCCUCAAGGCAGCCUUCAAAGAAAUGAUCAAAAUUUCUCCUGACAGAAAAAUUGCAAUGUUUGAGCUCUCCCAAUCAACUCACGAAGCAAGUGCUCUGGCUGAUGAGCUGAAUGCCACACCAUUGUUUGAUAUGUGUCGAAUGUUCACUAAGGGGCAACUGAAUUUCCCCAAAGAGAAAGUGUUCAGUUUCUGUGCUGGAGAGUUAGGAUAAUAGACAUUAGAACACAGCUGACAAUUAUUAGAGUGUAGUAGAUCUCUAGCUACUCUGUGGGACUCCAUAGGAAGUUGUAUUAUUGUGCAUUAGGCAUUCCUAUUAUUGUAAGAAGAAGUUCUGAGCAUUGUCACAA